CUCUCUUCUCUCCUCUCUUCUUCUCGUUCUCCUCUCUCGCGCUUUCUUUUACGGUCCUGCUAUAAUCCCACCCGAUGCCUUCACUUCCAUAGACGGUCGAUUCAGAUAACCCUCACGAAUCCGGACCAUGCCUUCAACGUUCGAUUAAAGCACAUCUCUGGCUUUGUGAGAGUCCCAACAUGUCCCUACCCAACAGACUGGCCUGGUCGCCAGCGUUUCACUCCCUUGUCGGCGCACACUCCUUCUUGCUUGGCCAAGCCGCAUACCACUACCGACCCUCCUGUUUGCGACGCUCGCAACAAGUGCGAUCCCUCUCCGUAACACCUCUAUUACACGAGGAUAUCUCGUCAAAAUCUUCUUCUUCUCCAAGCUCGAAUUCGUCGGUGAAGAGCUCGGGAACUCCGUCGAGCGACUCCAAGGCAGGUGCGGAAGAGAAGACUUCAAAUCGUCACCAAGGCCCAGCCUCAGUCGACAGCACGGCAAAGGACGCUCCGAACCAGAGUCUACCACCGGGUUGGGAAGAGAAUGCGGAUUACAACAUCAAAAAGUUCUCGGAUCUCCCGCAUCAGUACUUUGGCUACAAUCAACACAUCAAGAUCAACGAGGAUUUCAAGGAGUCUCUACGAUCGAUCAUUUGGCAGUUCAGAGCUCCCAUUCGAUAUGCCUUUGCCUACGGAUCCGGCGUGUUUGGCCAGAAAUCUUCGUCCGGAGUCAGUACGGAUCUCAGCCCACACCCGCAUCCACCCAAGGCUGUUGAGGAGUGGCAGAAAGGUGGAGCAAAAGUCAUCGACUUUAUAUUUGGUGUGAGCCACACGCAGCACUGGCAUAGUUUGAACUUGGCACAGAAUCCUCAUCAUUACUCGGGUCUGCGGUUCAUGCCGAAUAGCUCUGCCCUGGUCUCUUGGAUGCAGGACGGGUGGGGAGCCGGGAUGUACUAUAACCCGUUCAUCACCGUCAACGGCGUGAUGAUCAAGUACGGUGUUGUCCAUCUGGACACUCUAGCUCGAGACCUGAGCAAUUGGGACACUCUCUAUCUCGCCGGACGAUUGCAGAAGCCUGUCAAGAUUCUCCGCGAUGACCCACGAAUCCGUCUCGCGAACCAGGUCAAUCUAAUUUCUGCUCUACGGACAGCAUUGCUGAUGCUGCCGGAGAAAUUUACCGAGCGACAGUUGUAUGAGCGUAUUGCUGGCCUGUCAUACAUGGGUGAUCCACGCAUGUCUUCGAUGAUGGCUUCGGAAAGCCCUACCAAGGUUUCCAACAUUGUGGGUGCACAACUUCCAGGCUUCCGACAACUAUACGUUCCUCUUAUUGAGAAUCUUCCCAACAUUACAUUCACCGACUCUCGAACACCAAAAACCUAUGGCUGGGAGAAGAAUGACGCGAUCCGUUUGUCAUUAUCGCAGGACAUGGAUCCGACCAAGCGUGGAAACAUGGUCCGCCGACUUCCGCGAGCCUUCCGCGAAAAAGUUUACUAUUCUUACAAGAAGAAGUUCGGGAUACCAGGCAGCGCGUUUGACGAUAUCUUGGAGGAAACACAGGACGAAGAUCCACAGGGGUUUCAUCGUCGCGAAGGUGGUGACUUUGAGAGGAGGAUCGCAGAGCAGAGCGAUCUUCCUGAAGUCAUGGGCGAUGGAGUACGCAAGACGGUGUCCUGGCCUUCGACGAUGCAGACUGUCAAGGGCAUCUUCACUGCUGGCAUUGGGAGAUCGCUCAAGUAUGUCUCGGAAAAGCGGGCAAAGGGCAAGCAGAAGAAGCAGGCCGCGUUUGAUGAUGGCGGAGAGAAGAGAGGGCAGGAAAAGAGGGCAGGCAAAGAGGACGGGUCCGAGAAUUCGUCCAAAAGGAGUGAUUCAACGAAUUGA